UGCCAUUUUUGAUUUUCAUUCACUAUCAUUCGCUAUUCGUUUCAAGAAGAAGUUGAACUUCAGUUUUUCAAAUUUUCAAAUUUUCAAGUUUUCAAGUUUCAUUCGAUCAAUAAUGUGUUUCAAAGUAAUUCGCCGUGAUGAAUUAUGGUGUUUUGCAUCAAUCAUUGCAUUAUUUUGUCCACCAUUAGCUGUUAUGAUGAUGACCGGUUGUGGUAUUGAUUUUCUUUUAAAUUGUUGUUUAACUUUUCUGUUAUGGAUUCCUGGUUUUAUUCAUGCUUAUUGUAUUAUUUAUUGCCCGGAACAUAUUGAUCCAAAUGCUAAAUUACAAAUGACUGAGGCUGCCAUACGAUGGCGUGCACGUAAACAAGCCGAAAGACAAGCAGCUGAUGAUCAAGCUCGUGGUAUCGAACGAUUAUAAUCGAAUCAAAUCAAUCUUUUUUCAAUUAAAAAAAACAAAAAUCAUUAAAAAUAAAGCAUAUUUCAAAUUUUUUAAAAAACAA